CCUCAGGUGGGUUAUGCCCAGGGGCGGACUGACCAUUUGGAAACUCGGGCACUGCCCGAGGGCCCGGGGUCAGUAGGGGGCCCCAUGAGAUGCCCCUGGUACCUUUUUCCUAGGCUUUUUUGAGUUUGGGCAAGGACACAGGGGCCCCAUGAUCCUCUAUUGCCCGGGGGCCCCAUGAGUUGUCAGUCCGCCCCUGCUGUCCGCCCCUGGUUAUGCCAUAAUGUGCUAGUAUGCACAGCAUAUUAGCACAUUA